UGUAGAGCCAGACCACUCCACAAUUUUCUGUCGAGGGCCAAUCGAAACAGGGUGCUGGCACCUCACCCUUGCAGUCACUUGGCCGAUGAAAGUGCUCUAUUUUGACGGAAACGGCGCUGCGAAAAUCCCUGAGGGCACUAUGGAUACCCAAGAUCUCGUGGCAUGGUCGAAAAUGAAACCCGAGUGGGUGUGGAAUGAAGAGCAGCGCAUAAAGGACCUGUGUAAAUGGGGUCAGAAGUAUGGCGUGAACGGCUUUGUGAGUGAAAUCAUGAUCUGCAACUUCACCUCUCACAUGGAGGUCGUUUCAUUCUUAAAUCUCGAGAGCAUUCGUAUCGGCAGCGACCGGCCAUAUCUGCCAGAGGACCCUGAUAGUAUGCAUCACGUUUUUGAAUUAUUGCAUUCUACUUCAUGGCGCGAAAAUUAUCCAGGAGAAACCCGGAUUAUGCUUGAUUUUUCUGGGCUUGUCUCUUUCUAUGACACCGCUCUUGUUCCCUCCUUGGUGCCGCGCCGUGUAGGCUUGGACCGGUGGGAUCACCGAGUGGCGGGAAUAUCACCGGAGGAUAUAGAGCGCGUCCAAGACAGGCUAGCUCAAGCGUUAGCACGACCACCCACGACCACUAGCGGCAUUGACUGGAAAACGGUCUUGCGCGUGGUGGUCGAUCGAUAUGCCAGCCGCCUGGAGUUCAUACAGCACCUUUUGAACCUGUCGUUGGACGAUGGGUCGAUCUUUGACCACGCACAACAAAUUCAGAGACAGCUGCGCACCGUGCUUUUGCCCUACACUGUGUUUGCAGCUCUGCCUCCCAAUACCUCCGUCACCGCCAACGCAACAAAUUCGUGGGCUGCGCCAGUUUUUCGGGAAUGUGCUGCAUCGCACGCGGCCUCCAUAGCGUAUCGUGGAACAACAUUGACGCCCUCCGAACGUUUGCUCCUGCAGGCGGUGCGGGAAACUACGCAUGAAAUAUGUCGCGUCGUCACGAAGAUGUGGGCUUCCGGAAUGAAUUUUGGAGUCGACGCCUUUUAUCCUCCGGAACGACACCCCGAAGUUGAUCACAUACAUACUCUCAUAGGCGAAUGGAAGGAGGAUGUGACGCAGUUAAUCUCCUGGUUGGAUUGGAGCGUGUGGGUGAAGUGCCGACCGGCCUGUGGUUUCGAGGUAACAAAAUCGAGUUACUUGUUUAUGAAAUGACUGACCUCGUGUAGGAUAUGUGCUACUUGCCUACUUGGCCCUUUGGGUUCCCAACAACCCGCGCAGCCCAAUGGGACAGUGGUU